CAGUCUCGCUAGCGGGUGGGAAGCUACAGCCCCGCUCAGUCCCUGCAGCAGCUGUCUCUACCUUCUCUGCGACUUAGGUGGGAAGCCAGCGCACCAAGCCCGGGAGGAUGCAGAGCCCGCUGUGCCCUGGGGCCUUCCGGGGGCUCUGGCUGCUCCUCUGCUUCCUGCUGCUGAGCAGCCGCUCAGGGGGCUGCCGCGACGUUAGUGGUCACGAUGGUCAGGGCCAAGUGGGAGUGGGGCAGCUCUGGCCCCUCCAAGGAUUUACGACCCUGAUCUUCCAGCACUUGCAAGUUGUACGCCAGCAAAUUAUGCCCCAAGGUUUGUUCUGGAAGGAUGACAUGACCCAGGAUAUGAUGAUGCAGAAGAUGGGGCACAUUAGCAAACUCCACCCACAGGAUCCAUGUAUGAGGGUUGGGAAGGCAGCCUUUCCCACCAAAACCACUGGGGUGAGGGGCAAACAAAAGGAGAAACUUCAACUCCUAUUCCCCAAGAGCCCAAUGGUCAAGGUGAACAGGGAUCAGUGCUUUACCUCCAAAGUGGUUUCGAAGGCCCUGAAACGAGAGGUGACCAACCCUGUCAAGGGCUUCUUUGAGUCGCCUCCCACUGUGGGCCACAACCUUGUCGCUGACUAAGACCUCGUGUGAAGCCACUUUGCCCCAGUGCCCUCCCCACUUCCCUCCUGAGGGGCAGUUCCAGGAUGACUGAAAACUGGAUCAUUAAAGUGACUUCGAUGCAAACUCUCUGUGACUUGCCCUGAGGCAGGAUGGGUUGGGUUUGGAUCUGGUCAGAGCCUUCAAAAUGAGAGAGGUGGGACCAGAACAGGGGUUGGGGUGAGGAGAGCACAGCUUCUCAGUGCUGCAGGAGGCUACUUUGGUCUUGUUUUCCUUCCAGUGACCAUUCCUGAAGUGAGGACAGUGAGGGUGGGACCACAACUGGAACAGCAGCCUUCUUUACACACAUCCAGCUAUGCUGUGUGGUCCAGCUGCCCACCCUUCCAUGUCAGGCCUGGACCCGGCUGUUUUAUGAGGGUCACCACCUCCAGUGUUACAGUCCCUCCCAGGGCUCUCCUACGCUUCGUGCUCUCAAGAAUCAACACAGAAGUGCUGUAAUCAAAGUGUACACUCAUUAAAUGUUUUGCUGACUCUU